CACAGCUCCUCCAUAGCUCUUCUUCCUUAGAUCCUCAGCAAACUCAUAAAUCUCUAUCUAUCAACGUAUCAUCAGCAUCUGUUAGAGACUAUGAAGAGGACACAUCUGGCAAGUUUCAGCAGCAGAAACAAGACCCAAGAAAAAGAAGAAGGAGACACUAAUGGUAACGACAGAAUCAUCAUGAAUCACUACAAGAACUACCAAGCAGGGCUGAUCCCGUGGCCUCCCAAGAACUACACUUGCAGCUUCUGCAGGAGAGAGUUUAGAUCUGCUCAAGCACUUGGAGGGCACAUGAAUGUUCACAGAAGAGACAAAGCAAAACUCAGACAGAUACCUACUUGGCUCUUUGAUCCUCACCAUCAUCACACACCUGUUCGCAACCCUAACCCUAAUCUUAACUCUUCUUCUUCAACAACGCUAGCUCAUCAUGAGCCUUCCCUACUCAACAAGAUAUCCAUAACUACUCGGUUCGAUAUUUUGGAUAAUGCUACUAGCUAUGAAGGUUUGAUGGUGGAAAGAGAGAAGAACAAUAACAAUGUACGUAGCAGAGAUCUCAAGAAGACUGCCAUGGAUUCAUGUCAUGCUGCAAAAUGUGAGAUAAGUCGUGGAGAUCUGAUGAACAAGAAAGAUGGAGUCAUGGGGUUGGAGCUUGGGAUGCGUUUGAGAAAUCCCAAACAAGUUCUUGAUUUGGAGCUUCGACUUGGGUGCCUUUAAAUAACUUUGAUUAAUAAUUUAACUACAAGAUUUAUGUAAGAUUGUAUGUAUAGCUGA